ACCCCUUCCCAUCCCAUCCCAUCCCCUCCCCUCCCCCUCCCGGCCCGGCCUCCGUCGGCCGCCAGCAUGUUUGACAAGACGCGGCUCCCCUUCGUGGCCCUCGAUGUGGUGUGUGUGCUGCUGGCUGGCUUGCCCUUGGGUGUUCUAAACUUGGCCAAAAUAAAGCCCUAUCAGAGAGGCUUUUUCUGUAGCGAUGACAGCAUCAAGUAUCCGUUCCAUGACAGUACCAUCACAUCCACUGUCCUCUACACAGUGGGGUUCACCCUGCCUAUUUCCUCUAUCAUUCUGGGAGAAGCGCUAUCUGUUUACUAUAACCAUUUGCACUCGAACUCCUUUGUCAGGAAUAACUACAUAGCCACUAUUUACAAAGCCAUCGGGACGUUCGUGUUCGGCGCGGCCGCCAGCCAGUCCCUGACGGACAUCGCCAAGUACUCCAUCGGCCGGCUGCGGCCCCACUUCCUGGCCGUCUGCCAGCCGGACUGGGACAAGAUCAACUGCAGCCAAGGUUACAUCGAAAACUUCCCUUGCCUAGGGAAUCCAGUCAGAGUCAACGAAGGAAGACUGUCCUUUUACUCUGGUCAUUCAUCAUUCUCCAUGUACUGCAUGCUGUUCCUGGCACUUUACCUUCAGGCCCGAAUGAAAGGCGACUGGGCCAGACUGGCCCGACCCACCAUCCAGUUCGGCCUCGUGGCGUCAUCCAUCUACGUGGGCCUCUCCCGGGUCUCCGACUAUAAACACCACUGGAGCGACGUUCUGACUGGGCUCGUACAGGGAGCCGUGGUCGCCGUGCUCAUCGUGGUGUACGUCUCCGAUUUCUUCAAAGAGAGAGCCUGUUCCUUCAAGCAAAGAAAAGAAGAAGACUCGCACACCACUCUGCACGAGACCCCCACGAACGGAAAUCACUACGGAAGCAAUCACCAGCCCUGAAAGGGGUAGGGGGUGGGCGCCGGAGGGGCAGGCCCGUGGAAUCGGCAGGUCGCCUAGCGGAAAACGAUAUCAGCGGGAAAGAUGACGCUCAUUUCUUCCUGACGUACAAUGGAAUGGACUGCUGCUACUAUACGUCUUGGAUAUCCACUUUACCUAUGUAUAUAGUCACAUUUAACAUCAAUGGUUAUCUCAUAGCUUUAAAACUCAUUUAAAGAAAAAAAAAACAAUCUCAAGCCUUUCACUAAAGAAAACAACUAGCCACCUGUACAUUUUUUUUUUUUUAUUAAAAUAACGUGGUAAAUGCUUUUUAUGUACAAACGUGUAUGUAACGUGCUUGGCUAGAACCGUGCUCGGUUUAAAUACAACACGAAUUAAAAUGUUUAUAACUGGAA